AUGUCCAUAAAAUUUAACUUGGGAUCGAAUCCGAAAUACGUUUCCGAUGAAGUCAAAUUAUCGAAACCGCAGAAACCGACGACGUCUAGCAACAGUCAGACUCUCUUCCAAUUUAACAACAUUCCCAGUUUGAUCCCGAAAGAACAGAGCAUUCAAAAGCAACCCACAUUGGAAGCGCCCCCAACAUUGAAAACUGACACUGCCCAGAUUUCCCUUCCUGGCUCGAUAAAGGCCUCCAAGGUUUCAAUUUCCAAACCCACUCAUGUUGACACCAGACCUCAUACUCUUAGUAGUCGGGAACACAAUAUUAUAGCUCCGGUUUUCUUCUAG